AUGCAGUUCUCCAUCGUUCUUGCCAUCCUUGUCGGCAUUGCUGCCGCUGCACCAUCCAACCCUCCCAUCAAAACACAGGGUCAAUUUGAAAUAUGCGGGCAGGCUCGAGCCCUGUGUGACGCCGAUUGCAGUUUCAUCCCAAACUGUACUCCCGCUUUCAUAAACCGAUGUAUCUGUAGCCGAGAACCAUCUUGCGGCAUCGUUGUAUGGAGUUCUCUUGAAAAGGAAGAGUUUAAGCUCGGCCGACUGUGGCAUGUCUCAGAAGGAAAUCAGGAUCAGGCGAUGGUUACGUUUGUUCUUGGGAGCUUGGAUAUUCUAUAA